ACACUGGGCUUUAGAGCUGAAGCUUCCGAGGAAUAUUUGCUACGAAAGUUGUUCAGUGGGUAAUCUGAAGUCAUCGCCCAACUCAAAGAUAUUUUAGCAAGGGAAAUUAGUUGACUUUUGAAGCAAAACUAAAAAUAAUAAAAAAAGCCACCAUGUCGAACAGCAGAAAGUUUUUCGUCAUCGGAAACUGGAAGAUGAACGUGACCAAGGCCAAGAUUGACUCCAUUGUGAAGACGAUGUCCAAUGCAUCACUGGAUCCCAACACAGAGGCUGUCGUCGGCUGCCCUUCCUGCUACCUGACUUAUGCCCGCCAGGAGCUGCCUCCUCAGAUCAGUGUGGCUGCCCAGAAUUGCUACAAGGUUUCCCGCGGAAACUUCAGCGGGGAAAUAUCUCCGGAGAUGAUCAAGGAGUGCGGGGGAGACUGGGUCAUCAUCGGGCACCCAGAAAGGAGGACCAUUUUUCGGGAAACAGACGACUUCAUCCAGGAGAAGAUGGCUCACGCUCAGCAGACUGGCAUCAAAGUGAUCGCUUGUGUUUGCGAGACACAAGAGGAUCGUGAGCAGAACCUGACGGAGGAGGUGCUGCAGUCCCAGAUGGCGUCUUUGGCCUCUGCCAUCACCGACUGGUCUCGAGUAGUGUUGGCCUUCGAAGCCCUUUGGGCCAGUAACACGGGAGUGCUGGCCACGCCCGCUCAAGUUCAGGAGGUUCUGGCCAUGAUGAGGAGGUGGCUCAGGGAGAACGUCAGUGACAAAGUGGCCAACAGCACCCGAAUCCUGUACGCAGGGUCUGUGUCGUCCUCCAACUGCCAACACCUGGCCCUGUUGCCAGACCUCGACGGGUUCCUGGUGGGCAGCGCUGCCCUCAAGAGCGAUAUCGUUGACAUCAUCAACUCCAGAAGAUCUCAUGUGUCCCAGAUCAUCGAUUUCUCCACCUCUCAGAUGUCCACUAUGACUCUAUGAAAGCUACUUCGCGUCAUGGGUCAAGCAUGCCUGCAAAAACCACUCUUUCUGUUACAUAAUUGUAAGGACACAGAUGGGCCGGGUGCCCAUCUUUGAUAAAGGCAGCUUUUACAAAGGUUGUCCUAAAUAAUUUAUAUAUAUAUAUAUAUAUAUAUAUAUAUAUGUGUGUGUGUGUGUGUGUGUGUGUGUGUGUGUGUGUGGUG